AUGAACGUCUUCGCUAGCCGAUUCUCUGCGACAGGAUAUGCAUCAGAACUUCGAAAAGCUAGGGAAAUUUCUGGUGAUGAGGAUGUCUCCGACGUGAUGUGGGGUUCUGAAGGAUUUGGGAACCUGGCUAAGGAAAUCCCUACAUUUGCGAUUCCUUCAGUCCCCGAUCCAGCUGCAUUUCUACGCUUACACACUGAUGACCAUGCGGACCCGUCUUGCAGAAUCAAAAUUAAACAUGGAACAACGACAUUGGCUUUCAGAUAUAAGGGCGGCGUUAUAGUUGCUGUAGAUUCCCGAGCCACUGCGGGGAGUUAUGUUGCGUCAGGAACGGUGAAGAAAGUCAUUGAAAUCAAUCCUUACUUGCUUGGAACUAUGGCUGGCGGUGCUGCUGAUUGCCAGUACUGGGAAACCUUCCUUGGCAUUGAAUGCCGCCUACACGAAUUGCGCAAUCGUGAACGCAUAUCAGUAGCUGCCGCGAGCAAGUUCCUUAGCAAUCUUGUAUACAGCUAUAAGGGAAUGGGGCUCAGCAUGGGGACCAUGAUCUGCGGUUGGGAUAAGACAGGACCAACUAUUUUCUACGUUGACUCAGAUGGCACACGCCUGAAGGGCGACUUAUUCUCAGUUGGAUCAGGCAGCACCUUCGCUUAUGGCGUGCUUGAUCAAGGCUAUCACUGGGACUUGACAGACGAGGAGGCACUGGAGCUUGGUCGACGAAGCAUCUAUGCUGCGGGUCAUCGUGAUGCGUUCUCCGGGAACACCAUCAACCUCUACCACGUCCAAGAAGACGGAUGGAAAUUCAUCGGCAACUACGAUGUUUCAGAGAUGCACUAUAAUGGUCCGGGAGGGAAGGGGGGUUACGGUUAUGACAUACGGGUUGAGGGCCGAACUUCUGCCAAUCCCCCAUCAUGA